AGUGACGCUGGAGUCAGUAGGUGCCGUCUGUGUAGGAGUCAGUAAGUGCCUGGCAGAUCCUUCUCCUGACCUUGCCAGUGAGAGAAAGAGGACAGAGCCGUUUUGUGUGUGUGUGUGUGUGUGUGUGUGUGUGUGUGUGUGUGUGUGUGUGUGUGCGCGCACGUGAGCGAGGCAGUGACGGAGCAGCCCCAGUUUCUGCACUGCAGCUCUCUCAGAUGGUCCUGAAGGGAAUGGAGCUGCAAUAGCACUGAAGUAAAUCUGGCGAUGUGCCAGAGGGCGUAAGACAGACAGUAAGACAGGAGUGAGGGAGUAAGUGCUGUAAGCAACGGCGAGGUAGAUUGGAUGUCAGCAUCGUGUGUGUGCUGCAGAGACUUGACGCUGUGUGUUGUGAUGAUGUUGGGAUGAGAUGGGUGAUGGUGGUGGGGUGGUGGUGCAGGGGUGCCGCCCCUUCUUCCUGUUUGACAGUUUUGUGCAGGCGUCGACAUGCAAGGAGACUCUGCGAGCCUUUCAGGAGCUCUGCACUGACCUCAAGCUGCAGCCAGGAGACAAUCCGCUAUUCUACAAGACCCUGAGGUCCAGACUGCACUACUGGAGAGCCAAAGCACUGUGGGCCAAACUGGACAAACGAGCCAGCCAGAAAGAGUACCAGAGAGGCCAUGCUUGUUCUAAUACAACAUGCCUGAUAAUAGGCGCAGGACCAUGUGGGCUUCGUACAGCUAUCGAGCUGAGUUUUCUGGGAGCGAGGGUGGUGCUCAUGGAAAAGAGAGACACUUUCUCCAGGAACAACGUCCUCCAUCUCUGGCCUUUCACCAUCCAGGACCUGCGUGGCCUCGGAGCCAAGAAGUUUUAUGGAAAGUUUUGUGCAGGAGCCAUAGAUCAUAUUAGUAUCCGUCAGCUGCAGCUCAUACUGCUGAAAGUGGCUCUGCUCCUGGGUGUGGAGGUUCAUGUGAAUGUGGAGUUCAGGAGUCUGAAGGAACCUCCGGAGAACCAAGAAAACCAAAGUACUGGCUGGAGUGCUGAGGUUUAUCCACCUGCACAUCCAGUGAGUGAGCUGCAGUUCGAUGUGGUUGUUGGUGCAGAUGGCAGGAGAAACACCUUACCAGGAUUUCGUAGGAAAGAGUUCCGGGGAAAGCUGGCCAUCGCCAUUACUGCAAAUUUCAUCAACCGUAACACCACAGCAGAGGCCAAGGUGGAGGAGAUCAGCGGCGUGGCCUUUAUUUUUAACCAGAGGUUCUUCCAGGAGCUGCGUAGUGACACCGGUAUUGACCUGGAGAACAUUGUCUACUAUAAGGAUGACACUCAUUACUUUGUCAUGACGGCGAAGAAGCAGAGUCUCCUGGAGAAAGGCGUCAUACUGCAUGAUUAUGCAGACACAGAGGUUUUGCUCUCCAGAGACAACGUAGACCAGAAUGCCCUGCUGGCGUACGCACGGGAAGCAGCAGACUUUUCCACCAAUCACCAGCUUCCGACUCUAGACUUCGCCAUGAACCACUACGGGCAGCCGGAUGUGGCCAUGUUCGACUUCACAUGCAUGUACGCGACAGAGAACGCAGCCCUCGUACGCCAGCGCAGAGGACAUCGGCUGCUGGUGGCGCUGGUUGGAGACAGUCUGUUGGAGCCGUUCUGGCCGAUGGGGACAGGCAUCGCACGUGGUUUCCUGGCUGCUAUGGACACAGCGUGGAUGGUUCGGAGUUGGGGAAUGAGGCUUGACCCUUUAGAGGUGCUGGCUGAGAGGGAGAGUGUGUAUCGACUGCUUCCUCAGACCACACCAGAGAAUGUCAGCAAGAACUACAGUCAGUACAGUCUAGACCCCAGCACACGAUACCCAAACCUCAACACACAGGUUAUUAAUGCAUCUCAGGUCUGCCAACUCAUAGACACUGAUGAAGGGCCACUUUUGGGAGUUGUCAUGGGACCUUCACCAACAUCGAGACUUACACACCAAGACUCCACCGCUCGUUCAAGUAAGCUGCUGAUUUGGUGUCAGGAGCAGACGCAGGGCUACAGGUGUGUGUGUGUGACGGACCUCACCACGUCCUGGAGGAGCGGCCUGGCUCUCUGUGCUCUUCUCCACAGACACAGACCUGACCUCAUUGAUUUCGAGACUCUGGAUGAGAGCGAGGCUGAGCUGAACAACCAGUUGGCCCUGGACAUAGCUGAGCUGGAGUUGGGGAUCUCUCCCAUCAUGACCGGUCAGGAGAUGAGCCUGCUGGAGGAGAACGACUCGCUCUGCAUGGUCAUGUACCUCAGCCAGCUUCACGAUCUCCUCAAAGACACAGCGCCACCCAGUGAGACUCUGAGUGUUAACGAAAGAACAGCUUUGAUGUCUAGCACCAAGUCUCCGCUGUCUUUACUCAACAAGCUUGGACAGAGUCUGUCUCGUAAACGGAACCCCAAGGAUAAGAAAGAGAAAGCUGUCGAUGGAAUGGGAAAGAGAAGAAGGACGAGUCAAGCCGGACAGUCGGACGAUGAGGAGGUUUCACCAGAUCACAACGAGGACAUCCAAGCAGUGAGUCCUGGAUCAGAAUCGAUCACCGCCACGGUUGAGGGUGGCAACCAAAGCCGAGUCAAAUCGAUGGCGUCCCGGCUGUUAGCCAAGUUUGAAGAAAAUGCCUCCCGACCUUCAGCCAAUACGAUACGGAGACAGUUCGGCUUCAUGCCCAAUUUGAAACAAAUCACAUCUGCUGCUACUUUACCUGAACCUCCAGCUGAGCCUGUGGCUCCAGAUUCUGGUCCCACAUGGAGACAGAAAAAGCGCACACAGCAGCAGGAGAUGAUGAGUUUCCGCUAUAAGGAGAUGAUCAGAGUGAACACAAGCCGGAGUGAGCAGACGUACAUUAAGAUGUACACAGGGGGAGUGAGUUCAUUGGCUGAGCAGAUAGCCAAUCAGCUGCAGAGUCAGCAACAAAAACCCAAACCACUUCUAGACAAAAAGGAGCUGGGUUCGCAGCGGAGAGAAUUCCCAGUGAACAUCGGCGGCAGUGAUGUGUGUUACUUCUGCUCUCGGCGCGUCUAUGUGAUGGAGAGACUGAGUGCUGAGGGCAAGUUCUUCCACAGAAGCUGCUUCCAGUGUGUCCACUGCAGCUCUACACUGCACCUCUCGAACUACGCUUAUGAUGAGCUUCAAGGGAAGUUUUAUUGCAAGCAGCACUACGGAUACAGGCUGACAGGGAUGGCUCAGAGGAAGAGACCAGCUCCGAUCACAGCCCCUCCUCAUCCUGCACAGGCACCUCUUGCUCCUCCUCCCACUCCUCUGUCGCACUCUUCCUCUGGAUCAGUAGAGGUGGUCCCUCCCUCUGACAACAUCUCCUCCAGCACUCCUCCAGACACUCUGAGCGGACUGGCUAAGCGUCUGUGUGGAACUCCAGAGCGCAUCGCACUGGAGAACUACAGGUCCUGCUUACAGGAGGAGAACAGCCCUCUGCAGGAGGUGCCAGAGGAGACGCUAGCUCAACAUAACCUCAGCCUGAGCCUGCAGGAGAAAGGGAGUGAAGAGCAAUCCAGUAGUUCAGAGUCAGAGCUGGAGGAAGAAGGGGAGGAGCCUUUGAGGAGAGGGGUGGAGCCACAGGCCAGAGCAGAUGGAGAGACAGAGUUAGCCAGUGGGAUGGAGCAAAGAAACAAAAAGGAGAGAGAAAAGCAUGAGAUUGAGGGAGAAGAACAAGAAGAGGUUUCUGAAGAAGAAGAGGAUGGAGGCGAGUCUAGUGAUGAGGGUGAAUACUGCCCCUGGGAAACGGAGUUACAUUUAGGGGUAUGGCUAAAGGAAGAGGAGGCAAGUGGGAUAAAAGAGUCUGGUAAGGAACACGCUGAUGAGCUGGAGGUAAAACUUUCAGACGGAGAGACUGAAUCAAGUGUCCCUGGGCCAAUGGAGCAACUUCCCUCGCUUACAUUAAAUACCCUACACUCACCAACCAGAGAACCUGUACACACACAUAUAGCCACAUUCAACCCUCCUGUUACACUAGAGGACCUGCCAACCAAGAGAUCUGGGGUUAUUGAGGAAUUCUGGCUGAAAAGUGCAGAAAUCAGGAAGAGUUUGGGGCAAUCAGUAGUGCUUGUGACCGUCACUGAUCAAAACACCCCAUCCUUGAGCACUGGAGAUACAUUUUACACCUCUAAACACACAACAACUGAUUCCAAUUUGCCUUUACACACUCCCUGUAAGAGGGAUUCAAUCAACCAAACCUCAGGUACCCCAACUCUAAGUGCUGGCACAAAGGCAUCUUCUAUGAAUGAGCUACAGAGUCCAAAUACCCGUUUUCAAGGUGGUACAUCAUCAUGUGCCGACACACACCCUCCAGAAGCAAGGAUUGAGAAUGUGUCUGGAAUGAAGAGAAGCAAUGAACUAGAAGGGAUAGUGGACCAUUCUUCAACAGUCCAUAGGCUUAGUAUCACUUUGGAGAGCCAGAUAGCAGAACAGGAAAGGGACCUGACCACUAACUCUUCUUCCAACACCAUGGGAACCAAAAGAGUUUCAGCUCCAGAUUUAAGAUUUUUGCCUGUUCCCAGUAGUCCACUAACUGCAAGGCAGGAGCUUGACUUGAACCGUUCAGAUCCAACUCUAAACAGGGAAAUCUUGUUGAGUUCCCACACUGUGCCUCUUCGGACCGAGGUCAUACAACAUGAUAGGCUGAAAUCUCACCUGAAUAGAGCUCAGAGUCUACCUCCUGUCGAGGUGGAGGUCUUAUAUGCAGGAGAUGCAGAUAAAUUGCAUCCAUGCCCUGCUAUACCCUACCAUGCCAGUGAUACAGAAGUUCCUAUGUCCAGCCUCCCAAAAAUAAAGGACAGGAGUGCACUAGAGGGAAGGAGGGCACGUUCAGAGGUCCCCUUGCAAAUGGGUGGUGCUGAGGCCUUGCAACAGAGGGCAGAAAUCAAGCCAUUGGAGGAGGAAAAUCUGAAGAAGCGGACCUCUCUGUUCUCACCAAGGAAGAACCGAAAAAGUGCCAACCUGUCAGGGGAAACACAGCAGGAGCUGGGGAAACACAAAUCCUUGUGGAAGAGUGUCUUCUCUGGCUAUAAGAAAGAGAAGAAGAGGAAAGAGUUAGAAAGGCAUUCCAGGACGUUGCCUGGCACUACCAGCCAGGAAAGCAGGAAAAGAAUGCCUGGUUUUCACAGAACUUCAGACCUGAGCUCAAUGAAGGACCUGAGCUUCUCUGAAGAAACAGACCUGUGCUGCAGUGUUGUUCUGGACAGAUCUCCACUGAGAGCGCAGCUGAGUCAGGAGGUGUCUGAUCUUAUUAGGUCAGACGGUCAGAAAGAGAGAAUUGAAGAGGUGGAGGGUGGAGUGGAGGAACGAGAAGAGUCUGUUUAUGUGCCCCACGCAUUGGCAUUCAAGAGAGCAUACGCCAUUAAGAAGCACAGCAAGAAGUCACAGAGGCCCAACAAGAAAGCAGGAACCGAGGACGAGCUGGAUGCCAAGCUGACCCGCAGAGUACAAAGAGCUGCACGCAGGCAGGCCAAGCAGGAGGAGCUGAAAAGGCUGCAUCGUGCACAGAUAAUCCAACGACAGUUGGAGCAGGUGGAAAUGAAGCAGAGACAGUUGGAGGAGAAGGGCAUCGCUGUAGAGAAGGCUCUCAGAGGAGAAGCGGUUGAGCCCUUUCUUGGUUCCCCCCGUAGGAGACCCAUCUCCCUCUGUCCUUGUUGUUCCCAAGAAGCUAAAGCCAAAGGCACGGAGCAUGACCACUCUGUUUACGUCUGUACGGUCUUUUUCCUUUACGUAGUCCACGAGCCCCCGCUCCACCAGCUAAGAAUGGGGAAGAAGGAUGACCCCAGCCUAAUGCACCAGUGGUUUAAACUGGUCCAGGAGAAGAACGCACUGGUGCGCUAUGAAUCCGAGCUCAUGAUAUUUGCGCGAGAGCUGGAGCUAGAGGACAGGCAGAGUCAUCUGCAGCAGGAGCUCAGGGAACGCAUGGCAGUGGACGACCAUCUAAAGAACGAGGAGGAGCUGGCAGAGGAGCGGCGAAUCCUGGGUGAGAUGCUGGACGUUGUAGAGCAGAGAGACGCCCUAGUGGCCCUUCUGGAGGAGCAAAGACUGAAGGAGAGAGAAGAGGACAGCGAUCUGGAGGCGGCAAUGCUGUCUAAGGGCUUCAGCCUGCACUGGGCUUAAAACACACUCACACACACACCUUCUACUGUAGGUGUAGAUUAAAGAAGGAUAAGGAGGACACUGUACACUGGAUGCAAGAUAUUAAAGCUUUACCAUGAACUACAUCAAAAUAUUUGGACCUACACACAAAAAUAUAUUUCUACGUCCACUGUAGUUAUAGGACCAUACUUGCUUUGACCUGCAAUUAAAAAUUAAUUUAAAAUAUUCUGUAUUAUCAGACGCUUGGGCAAGUGCGCAAUCUGUAUAUACUGUAUACGAGUUUAAGGUCUCGUUUAAUGUCCCUUACUAAUCUGAAGGGCAAAUAAAAUGUCUGUAAAAUGAGAAAGAAAUGCCUUUCAGGAAAACAGUGUUACGCUAACUGCACUACAAUAUGCAUAUGUAAACCUUAAAUGCUGCAUUAGCUUCUUUUUAUUAUCAUUAUUAUAUUUUUAUUAUAUUUACUUAAAACAAAAGAGAAAUGCAGAGAUUUUUUAAGCAUGUUGGCCAAGUAUAUUUUUGUUGACAGACUUUUAAGACUGAGGAAAAGAAAUGGAUUUCGAUUUUAAAAGUCUGUGUGUACAAUUGUUUGAGAUGCAAGAACAAACAGUCAAUAUGUAUAUUUUAUUCAUAAAAGUGUUUUAUUGUUUAACCUGAUUUGUUUCGCUAGCUUUUACGCCCAAACUAACAACAAACAGGAAGCAUCACUGAAGCAGAUGCUGUCUGUAGGAAUGUUUCAUUUUGCUGAAUUAUAUUGGACACAGUAAUUUAUAAACUUUCAGAAUGAAGCUCUUGUGAGAUUUUUUCAUUUUUUUGUGCAUCUGUUUUUUCUUUUAUAUUUAUUAAUACAUUUAAAGAGCAACUCUUAUGAGUUAUAUAGUAUAUAUUGUUAUUUGUGUGUGUAUAUAUAUAUAUAAAACACAGCACCAUAUGACACUUGUUAUCUAAUCAGGAAUAUGUCCAGUACAAUUGAGGAUGAUGUACUUCUCAGGCUGAAUUUCCAAAUACGUCGACAGGGCUGUAUUUGUGGUUUACUGCAUCACUAAAAAAAUAUUAAAUCUGCAAUAAAUUCAACAACAAGAUCAAGAUCUUUUCCACUUCAUCUGUAGAUGCGAAAUUAAAACUUUUAAUGUACUUUUCAA